AUGACUUACGACUGGGAUCCUUAUAAAGAAAUAUGUCGACGUCUGUACGUCGAUGAAAGGCGAAGCUUUGGCCAAGUUGCCCGGUACAUGGCCGAGAACCAUGGAUUUGCCCCUAGUCGACGCACCUUUUGGUACAAGUUCAGGGAAUGGGGCUGGCCCGUCAGAGUCAACAAAGCCUACAGCAAUAAGGAGUUGAUAGCCAGAGUCAAGGAACUAUGGGAACAGAACCUCAAAGGAACGGAGAUGCUGCCCAUCCUCAACGAGGAAGGCUACGACAUCAACGAUCGUACGCUCAACAGGAUCCGCCAAAAGUAUGGUUGGAAAUUGCGUUUGAAGACCAUUCGGGACCUACGCAAAGGCAUCAUCAGGCCGCCUGGACAACCGGCUGACGGGACAAACAAUGGCGACAACAACAAUCAUGACGAGAACGACAGUGAUUCCGCUGAUGAUGAUGACGAUGACAGCGACAGCGAAGAGGUAAGUAGCGAAGAGGACGAAGAUGAGGAGGAAAACGCCGCGGAAGGCAACGGACAAGGGUCGUCUAACACACAUGGCCAACAUCAACAUCAGCAACAGCAUCAAGACCAACACCAGAGAUCAGGAUCUGGAAGCUUGCCACUUGGCCCAGACGCCGAACUGACCCCCGAACAACGUGCUCGCAGAGAAGAGAGACGCCGGGUUCUCGAACAAGAAUCGGCAGAGCGUUGGGCUCUCAAGAAGCGGCGACGAAGAAUAAAGGGGUGGGCCGGCCUGCCUGCAGAUCCGAGUGGUCUGCCUCCUCGCUUUCCAUCCGAGACAACCCUAGACGAAGCCAAGGUCAUCCUGCAGCUCGACGCCGCGACCUACAAGGCGCUACGGGAGAACUUUGAAAAGAUUUGCCGGGAGAACAACGUUAUCAAGAAGACGAUUGCCGGGCCUGAGAAGUGGGAGGCCCUGAAGGAGCAGAUGAUCCGCGAUAGCAUGCAUCUCCGUGCCAUCAUGUGGGAUCAAGCCAACAUGGAGCAGAAGAAGAUUGCGAUCGAUGUUAUCUGCUGCGACGUGACCAAGCGGAUCAGGACGAUGCAGUCGCACAUGACACUAGCACAGGCCCGAACCAUCCUCGGACUGAACCCGGAGCAGGGCAGAUACAUUCGAGGAACGCUUUAUCUGCUGCUGGGUCAGGAGAAGUUUGGGUUCAAGUACGUCGAAGGCAUCGACAAGUGGAACGAAAUGGUACAGAAAUGGUUCGACACCACGGAGCUGCUGCAGGAGCUUUUCCCUCCAGGUUGUGAGCACUGGCCGAACGCCAAGGAGAGGAAGAGGGCUAUCGAGCUGCUGGCCCGUGACGGGAUGAGGAGAUACAGAGGUGAUCAAGCAAAGUUGGAGAAGGAUCCGAAUGCUUUGGACCCCAAGCCGCCUCGGAAGCGUGCCCCUCCGAAACCGAAGCCGGGCCCGACUCCCGCUCAACUUGAGUGGGCCGCAAAGCGAGCCGAAAAGGCUGCUGAGAAGGCCGCGAAGGCCGCUCAACCCAAGCGGGGCCCUGGCCGACCCCCGAAGAAUAAUACGGCGGGACCAUCAAUGGCAACGGCAACGGCACCCCAUACAGCUGUGCGGCUCGCGCCAGUAGAUUUGUCGAGCUCGUCUGAGAGCUCAUCCGAAAGCUCCUCGGAGGAGAGCGAAGCGGAACAGGAUGUCCAGAUGGUAGACGACGGCGACUUGGAUCCGGAUAUCCUGCUGCAACAGUCAAUUGAAGCCGAUAAUAAGUUCGGGAGUCAUUCUGCCAACACGCCUGCUGCCAGCGGACGCGGCGGUGGUGCCAACGUUGGCGCCAGUACUCUCAAUGCGCACGCAUCUUCACACAAUCCGAACCUCACGCAAACCCGAAGCCGGGCCAAAACCCGUUCUCAGGCUAAGAGUCGUCCUCAGACUACGCAGAAUUACACACCCAGCCGUAUUCAGAUGCAACAAGGCUAUAAUAGCACUUUGAACCAGGGCUUAACUCAAUCUUAUACCCAGCCGCAAUCCACAUCCGCUAUGUAUACACAGCAGCAGCAGCAACAACAACAACUACGCCUCCAGGAGCAAGCCAUCCAGCAACAAGCAAGAGCCCGGCAGCAACAUUUCCAGCAAACCCAAACCCCCUCUGUCCCGACUCAAGUCCAAGUCUCACAGCCGGUGACAACCACCUCUUCCCGACAACAGCACUUGCAAAGCCAAACCCCAUCGGUCCCGACUCAAGUCCAAGUUUCACAACCAAUGGCACGAAAUAUCUCCUCAACCUCCGCCUCCACCUCAUCCUCAUCCAUGGCCGUCUACUUCCGCCUCCACGACUCCUCGCCGCUUCGAGGCGUGGUCUCACGUAUGUGGAUCGCCACGCUCUCGGGCCGGUCCGUCCAGGAACUACGCAGCACCGCGGUAGCCAACUAUCCGGGCGUGGUAUGCUUGGCCAUCGAGGGAAUUGUCAAGGAUGGAAAAGGUGGAGAGCUGCCGUUGCCGGUUAGUGAUGAUAUGGAGAUGGAGGCAUAUUUGCAGCAUAUUCAGGGUAUGGGGAGCGGGGCGCCGACGUUUAGUGUUAUGCUGGUGCCGGCGGCGGCGGCGGCGGUUGUUGGGGGGUCUUGGUAG